AGUUGCUUCUCCGAAAUAAUGCUAGCUUUGGGUUCUCAAGAAAUUCAAGGUUUAUAGGACAUAAAGAAAGUUAGUGAAAUUAAGUGAACCAAGUGAAAGAAUGGCGGAGAAGAGUAAAGAUGGUAUUGGUGAGGAUACUAGUGAAAAGUUAGAAGAUCAAGAUGAUCUUGUUGAUUAUGAAUGUGAUCUUACUCUUGAGAUGAACAAGGAAGAGUUUAGUGAUUUAAAUUGUGAUUCUGACGAGGGUCCGGAGGAGCCUGUGCUCUGUUACUACUGUGACACCCAGCUCCCUGGACCCGAGGAUGUAUCCUCGCAUAUGACUCGGUUUCAUAAUAUUAUCAAACAUCUGGAUUUCAUCUUAGAAGUGACCUCCAGGAGGCAGAAACAAGAUUUGGCCGGAGCAGAACCAAUAUCUCCGGAACCAUUUACUUCAAAUCCAACAAAAGAAAUCCUCGAUGAUAUCUCCGAUAUAGAAAGUGAGGAAGAAGAAGGAAAAGGGAAAGUUGAAAUUAAAGAGAAAGAUGAAAUCAAAACCGAGAAAGAAGAUGAAGAGGAGAUCAAAGAAGGGGAAAAGAAAGAAGAAAAUCCAUCCAAACCAAUUGAGUUAGAGAUAGAUAAUACAAACAUGGAAGCAGAGAGCAAGGACGAGGGAGAAGAAAAACGAGACUGGAUGUAUAGCACGGAGAAAGCUGUUUUCGAUAUUCUCUCUGAUCAAGAACUGAGCGAUGAUGCGGAGAAUGACUCUAGAUGUGUUAAAUGUGACCUGGAACAUGUUAAAGGAAAACCUUGUCACUUCCUCCUCAAGAAUGGAAAAUCUACAGAUGAUAAAGAAAGGGAUAAGGAUAUCAGGGGUAAGAAAGGUUCGAACCAGGAUAAGGACAUCAGAAGCAGGUUAAACUCGAACCAGGGGAGAGGAAAAGGAGGCUCGGGACGCGGACGAGGAUUUGUUCGCCAAGGCAUAGUUGGGGAUAAACUGAGAAAGAGUAAGUUGUCUGGUGUACGUAAGGUUCGGGUUGCUCCUCCUAGAUCCGACCUUGAGAAGGGUAGAGCGAAGUCUGUUCGAACUCUUCCUCCCUCCCUCUACAACAAUCCAGAUGCGCUUUCUUCUAAGUCAAGAAGUUGGAGGGAUCAUGAUAAGUUUGAAGAAAGUAGUUACCGAAAAUCUGGAAGUCCAUCAAGGUCCCGAAGUCCUCGAACCUUUGAUAGUUCCAGGAAGUCCAGGAGUCAGGACUACCGGGGGUUGAGGUCUCCGAGUCCUGACCGGAUAGGCUGGAGACAAAAUGAAAAAAGGUUCGGAGAUCGUGGGAGAUAUGAACUAGAGGAGGAACCCAGGAGGGAUACUAGUCAGGGAGGGUGGAGGGAUGAUUGGCGGAUCGGGGAGCGUUGUGAAUUAUGUAAGAAGGAGAACCAUGCUAGUGAGGACUGUCCAAAUUAUUUUUGCAACAAGUGCCACACACAAGGACACUUCGCUAAGUUCUGUACGGCUGAUAAAAGUUUCUCCGCUUCUUCAUCAUUUUCCCAUCCUCCUCGCGCUCUUCCGAUUCAACAGGAGCUUUGGGUUCAGCCUCGUGGAUCUCAAUCUUAUCCUGCCAACGAGAAUCCGUCCUUUCCUGGUGGUACAUCCUUCUCCGGGGGUACUAACUAUCUCGGAGCAGGAGCAGGGGGUUCCAGCUAUCUCGGAGCUGGAGAUACCAGCUAUCCAGGAGCUGGCGGAACCAGCAAUACUGGAACUGGAGGUAUCAGCUAUACUGGAGCUGGAUCUGGAGCUCCCAGCUAUCCUGGAGCUGGAUCUGAAGGUUCUAGCUAUCCUGGAGCUGGAUCUGGAGGUUCUAGUUAUCCUGGGUCUGGAGCUAGGGGUGAACCAGGGUAUCCAGGAAGCCAGUUUUCUCAUGGAUUCAACACAAACAAUCCCCAGAGUCUUCCAGGCUACUCGGGAGCAUCAACCGGAUAUCAAGGUUCUGGAUAUUCCAGUUACGGACCUGGAGCUGGAUAUCAAAUCCCUAGUCAAGAAUCCGGAUUUCCCGCGGAUAAUCGAGGAUCAGGAUAUGGACAAUCAUCAUAUCCUCCCUUGAAUACAGCCUCGGAUCCGUCCUCAGCCUCAUAUUCGACUAGUUCCUGGCGCGGGGGAUCUAAACUUUAAUGAGUCCCCCCCCCCCCCAGACAA